CUUAUGUCAAAUAAAAUAAAAAAUAAGUAAAGGAAGCUGCAAAUAAAUUAAAGACGCUGUGCUAAUAUAUUAUUGUUAUUAUUGAUAAGAAGUUUACAGACAAGAUCACAGCAUGCCAGAGUAUAUAAUAUGUCGAAUAUGUUUAACGGAAGACAUAAACGCUGAUACCAUGACACAACUCUACGACGACCAGGACGUUCAAUGUCCCCUCGUUCGCAAGAUCGAGGAAAUUGGCAGCAUUAAGCUGCCACCGCUGGAGGACAUGCCAAGCCUUCUCUGUUGCAGGUGUGUCGGUGUCUUAACCAGCGCCUAUAAAUUUCGGGAAUUGUGCCAGGAGAGCGAGCGAGCCUUUGCCAAUAGCGUUGUGAAGGCUGAACUGAAAUUGGAGCCUACUGACGAUCCCACCCAAAUCGAAAGCGACACUGUGGAGUACAUCUACGAGGCAACCAACGAGUUUAUCGAUCCGGAUGAUGAUAUUGAAUUCGAUACCAUACUGGAAGAGCAAUUGGAAGAUACCAAUGAGCAGGCAGAGGAGAUUAAUACUGGCUACGAUGAUGAUUUUGAGGAAGCCGGAGAGUUGGAUGAGACAAACAUAUUGUUGGGCAAUGCCAGUGACAGUGACUACGAUCCCACAGAACGAUUGCGAAAGCCAAAGGUACGAAAAUCCAGACAUGGCAAACGUGGACGGGGACGACCUCGUAAUCCGACGCAUUCAGUGCUGAAGCAUGUGACAGCAAAACAAACAAAUGCUGCCACUGCUGCUAGUAAAUCGCCUGAGGAGACCUCUACAAACAUCAUGUGCGAAAUAUGCGGCAAUAUCUACUCGAAGCGUGCAGCGCUGAAUAUUCACAUGCGUCGUCACCUGUCCGAGAAGCCCUUUGAAUGCGAAAUCUGCGCUAAAACGUUCGCCGGACCCUCUGAGCUUAAUCGACACAUCCGAGUGCAUACGGGCGAAAAGCCAUUUACGUGCAAAUACUGUUCCCGCUCCUUUGCCGAUCGCAGUUCGAAUAUACGUCACGAAAGAACCCACACAAACGAACGUCCUUUUACCUGUGGCACUUGUGGCAAGUCUUUUUCUUAUUCGAAUGUCCUUAAGAAUCACAUGCUGACACACACAGGGGAAAAACCCUUUUUAUGCAUUCCGUGCAAUAAGACAUUCUCCCGCAAACAUCAAUUGGAGCAGCACAUGGGCACAAUGACCCAUCAGCAGACUGUUAAAGCUCUCCAGCCGAGCGACGCGAUCCGACACACUGAAAUAUAUUAGUCAUUGUUUGUAAUUCAAUUAUUUAGUUUUAACGUAUUUGUAAAUUAAAAUCUUUAUUUUAAAUAGAAGAGUACAAAAUUUAAGA